AUGGCUGCUCCGAAAGAUCUCUGUGAUGCCAUUGUGAUUGGGGCAGGCACCCAGGGCUGCUUCACUGCAUACCAUCUGGCCAAACAUGGAAAGAGGGUCCUUUUGCUGGAAUAGAUACUUCUCCAUUUCCAGUUCUUCCUACCACACUCCCGAGGAAGCUCCCACGGACAGAGCCGGAUAAUCCGAAGGGCAUACCUUGAAGACUUUUACACCCAGAUGAUGGAUGAGUGCUACCAGAUAUGGGCCCAGCUGGAGCAAGAGACUGGAAUCCAAUUAUACAGGCAGACUGGACUACUGCUGCUGGGAAUGAAAGAGAAUCCAGAAUUAAAGACAAUGCACACGACUUUGUCUAGGCAGGGGGUAGAACACCAAUGUCUUUCAUCUGAGGAACUGAAGCAAUGUUGCCCCAAUAUUCGGCUGACCAGGGGGGAAGUGGGGCUCUUGGAUAAGUCUGGAGGAGUUCUCUAUGCAGACUAUGCCCUCAGAGCUCUCCAGGAUGCAAUUCAACAGCUGGGAGGCAUAGAGCAUGAUGGAGAGAAGGUGAUGGAGAUAAAACCAGGGCUACCGGUCUUGGUGAAAACCACCUCCAAGAGUUCCCAAGCUGAGAACUUCAUCAUCACUGCAGGUCCUUGGACCAACCAAGUCCUCCAUCCCCUGGGAAUUGAGCUGCCUCUCCAGACCCUGCGGAUCAAUGUGUUACUGGAAAGAGAAGGUUACUGGAAAGAGAAGGUUCCUGGAAGCUAUGGUGUGUCCCAGGCCUUUCCAUGCUUUCUGGGCCUGGGCCUCAGCCUAGCGCCCCACCAUAUCUAUGGGCUGCCCUCCAGGGAGUACCCAGGGCUGAUGAAGGUCUGCUAUCACCACGGCAACAAUGCAGAUCCCGAGGAGCAGGACUGCCCCUCAGCAUUCUCAGACAUCCAAGAUGUCCAAAUCCUGAGCUGCUUUGUCAGAGAUCACUUACCUGACCUACAGCCUGAGCCUGCCAUCAUGGAACACUGCAUGUACACGAAUACCCCUGAUGAGCACUUCAUUCUGGACCGACACCCAAAGUACGACAACAUUGUCAUUGGUGCUGGAUUCUCUGGGCAUGGAUUCAAGCUGUCCCCUGUUGUGGGCAAGAUCUUGUAUGAAUUAAGCAUGAAAUUAACACCAUACUAUGGCUUGACACCUUUUCGAAUCAGCCGCUUCCCUGGCCUGGGCAAAGCUCUCCUUUGA